CCGUUAUCCCGUUCUUCUCCUCUCCGCCGCCCCCAUUCUGUCCUCGUCACGCUGCGAGCGGCAAAUGGCUCCAGCAACGAGCGGAGCUCCGCUCCAGCCUCGGCCGUGCUGCUCCAACAGUGCCCCGCCGCGCCCCUCCCUCGUCUUGCUCUGGCCCCGCAGCGCAGUGACCAGUGGGUGGGAGGAACGGAACACCUGCCUUCCCCUCUCCUUCCUUGCUCCCAUCGGUUCGGUUCCGUUCCUUCCACCGCACGGCGCUCGUGUCUUCUCCAUUUCACACCUGCUCUCCUCUGCUCUGCUCCUAGCCGCCUCCACCUCCUGUCCUCCUUAUAAACAGAACAGGUCGGUCUCCGCGUCGCUCGCACGCACCAGCAAUCGAUUCGCCCUGCCUUCCUUGUUUACCUCCUCCGCUCAGCGGCAGCUGCUUCCUUGUCAGCUCACCAGCUACCUGCUCUGCUCCACCUGCACCUAGCUUUGCUUUGCUUUGCUUGCUUACUUAGGAUUCUUUUAGGAUCCCCAGCAGGCAAAGGCAUGUCGGCGUCGCCCGAGUUCUACAAGCCCGCCGCCCCCGCGGCCUUCACGUCGCCCUGCGCCUCGCCGCUCCCAGCCCCAGCCGGAUUUGUUGGAUUCGGAGCCGACGACUACUACAGCUGCCGGACGCCGACGGGCAGCGGCAUCACCUACCUCAAGGAGCCCACCACGUGCCCGCCGGCGCCCAGGAAGCCUCCGGCGCCCCUGUGCAAGAAGCGCCUCUUCCACUUGCAGCAGACGCCGGAGGUCCCCCUCAUCAGCGUGAGCCUCGACGAGCUGGAGCGCACCUUCCGCCCGCACCACCCACCACCAAAGGCCGACAAAAGACGCCGCUCCCUCCGCCACCCAAAACAGCAGCAGCACCGCACCUUGGAUAGUAGUACUAGUGUGUCUAAUUAGGAGGAAGGACCAUGAUCCAUACUUGUCGUUGUUGUUGUUACAAGCAAAACAAUGUGCUAGUAGUAGUUAGUACCCGCCAGUGUCUAAAUUGUAUGCUGCUCUAGCAGUAGCACCAACUGUUGUAAAUCAAACUUUACUUGUGCUGUAAAAUUUCGACAAACAUCUUGCUGUUCGUUUACUUA